AUGGCAUCAAUGAUGAUCACCGAUGAAUGUCAAUAUUUCAUCUUAAUCCUCUUAUGUUUCUUCGCAUUCAUCUGUUUUUUUCUCUUCUUCACAAAACCAAAGCAUGGUAUCAAUGUGCCUCCAAGCCCUCCUUCUCUUCCAAUCAUCGGCCAUCUUCACCAUCUCCUCUUUUUCUUACUCGACAAGCCUUCUUUUUUCUUUUUUGAUAUUUUACCCCUCGAGUUCUUACAUAUGCUCUCUUCCAAAUAUGGAACUCUCCUCCUUUUCCGAGUUUCUUUCGUCCCCUUCAUCAUUGUCUCUUCAGCAUCUCUAGCCUACGAGAUCUUUACGGCCCACGAUGUGAACGUCUCAUCUCGCAACCUUCCUACCAACGAGGGGUCUAUCAUCUUCGAUACGUCUGGAUUCGUUACCGCACCUUAUGGAGGAUACUUUAAGUUCAUGAAGAAACUCAUUGUUACAAAGCUUUUGGGACCCAACACACAAGUCCAGUCUCGAAGCAUCCGUGCAAAUGAGCUAGAACGGUUACGUGGGAACCUACUCGUUAAGGCAAGGAAGAAGGAGAGCGUUGAGAUUAACAAGGAAGCGAGGAAGCUUGUCGGAAACAUCGUUGCCAGGAUGACAAUGGGAAGGAGUUUUACACAGGAGAACGGUGAUAUAGAGAGUAUCCAAAGUUUGGUUGCCAAGGCAAAUGCUUCGAAGAUAAAGAUGGCCUUAUCAGUUUUGAUUUUCGGACAGCUGGAGAAGCUUGGAAUUUCAUGGUUCAAGAAAAGAACAGUUAUAAAAAAAUUCGACAAGCUGAUAGAGAGGUGUCUUGUAGAACACAAAGAGAAACCAAACAGGGAUCAAUGUAUGGAUAUGAUGGACGUGUUGUUGGCAGUUUCUGAAGAUCCAAACGCAGAAUACAAGAUCACUAGAAACAACAUCAAGGCGUUUUUGGUGGAGCUUUUUUUUGGAGGCAUUGAUACCUCGGUGAACUCAAUACAGUGGACAAUGGCCGAGAUCAUUAACAACCCUAUUAUUGCUGAGAGAUUGAGAGUAGAAAUUGAUUCCGUUGUAGGGAAAUCAAGGUUAAUUCAAGAAACGGAUCUGCUAAACCUCCCUUACUUGCAAGCUGUCGUCAAGGAAGCCCUAAGAUUGCACCCACCAGUGCCUAUCAUACCAAGGGAAUUCAAUCAAGGAUGUACGGUAGGAGGGUUCUUCGUACCAGGGAAGACAAGACUUCUGGUUAACAUUUUUGCUGUGAUGAGAGAUCCAAAUGUCUGGGAAGACCCUCUUGAGUUCAAGCCAGAGAGGUUUCUAACCUCUUUAAAUCCAGGGCAAGAAGAUGAGAGAAACAAGCAAACAUUGAAGUACCUUCCUUUUGGUGGCGGAAGGAGAGGAUGUCCUGCAUCAAAUCUAGGUUAUAUGAUUGUUGGAACAACAAUAGGAAUGAUGGUGCAGUGCUUUGACUGGAGAAUCAAAGGAGAGAAGGUCAACAUGGAUGGAUGCUUUAAAGAAUUCACCGAAGCCAUGGCUUAUCCUCUUACGUUCACUCCUGUUACUCGAAUAUCCACCCUUGACUCGGAAACAUUGCAUACAUAA